AUGCCACCGAACUUUGAUACUUCCGAUAGUGAAAACAGUGACGGCUUCGUUGUAACAGACAAGCCGAACCGUUCCAACAUCCCCGCACUCAGCGCAGAGAAGCUAAGAAAAGUACGGGAAUGGCUCGAACCAACGGCCUACGACAUCUCGGGCGGCGAAUAUCGAAAGCAUGCAUUUUCCUACCUUCCAGGGACUGGAAGCUGGCUAAUCGCAUCGCCCGAGUAUCAGCAGUGGCUGACGAGCCAAGACCACGGCCUCCUUUGGAUCAAGGGAAUUCCUGGGUCAGGCAAAUCAGUCAUGGCCGCCAAAAUUGUUUCUGAAUUGACCACAUCUGAGCCGGAAUGCCCUGUUUUAUACUUUUUCUUUCGGCAAAUCAUCGAUGCCAACCACGAGCCCGCGUCGCUGCUGCGCGAUUGGAUGGAUCAGCUCUUGGGGCAUAGUCCCAUUUUGCAGCAGCAGCUGUAUUCCUAUGUAAAAAGCGAUCGGUCUUUGGACAAUAUGUCGCAGGAUGACAUGUGGAAAGAUUUGAAAUUGGCAAUCACGUCAUUGCCCGACCGAGUGUUUUGCGUGACAGAUGCUCUCGACGAAAUGGAUCAAGACAACGAUUCCUUUCUCAAGGCACUAGCAAAACUCGGACACUGGCGGCCUGACAAAGUCAAGGUCCUCAUAACGAGCCGACCGGUUCCAAGCGUUGAGAUUCCUCUGCGCUCGACUACCUGUCUCAAAAUUCGUCUGCAGGAAGACGAGGUCGAUAAUGACAUCGCUCGCUUCGUCAAGCACUCCCUGGAGACCUCGAAAAUUGAUAGGAAAGACUGGGAUGCAAUCAUGAAUGCAGUACCGGGAAAUGCAAACGGACUCUUUCUAUACGCAAGGCUUGCAAUGGACGCCUUUCUCGAACCCGCUGCCGACGUCCAAACAGCUUUGGCGCACCUUCCCGCCGAUCUCAACGUUCUCUACACAAACCUUCUCAGAGAGCAUAUUGCUCGCUCCGGGGUGGACGCGAAGAUCCAGAAACUGAUUCUCGAGGCAGUUACGCAUGCUACACGACCACUGCGCCUCCUCGAAAUCGCUGAAAUGAUCAGCGUCGUUGAUGCAGACCGGGAUUUGAAAGCGCGAAAAGAGAUUGUCAAGGCGGCUUGCGGUCCACUUCUAGAGAUACUCGCAGAUGAAACGGUCUCCGUUAUACACCACUCCUUCACCGAGUAUUUGAAAGGUGUCACGAGGCUAAAGGACGACCUCGGCUAUCCGCUUCUGGAUUCCGGUGCUGCUCAUGAGCAAUUGGCCUUAAAUUGUCUCCGCUACCUCCAAAAUGGAAGUUUGGAUAGUUUCCCUGCUGAAUUUGUAGAGAAACCGGCACACGGCUCAUAUAGCGAUACAAAAGUGGCAUCUUGGCAGAGAUAUCCCUUUCUCAAGUACGCGACUGGCAACUGGUUCAAGCAUGUCGUCGCCGCGUGCUCUAAGUCAUCGGAUGACACAAUAUUACUUGCCGAGAUUCGCCAAUUACUUGAAAACGGUCACUUGCGGCGAGUCUGGUGCUGUCUAGAGCGAAAGGGCGUUGCAUGGGAUGUUCCGAAAGCUCACAUUGCCGCUAAAUUGGGCCUAACAGGGUACAUCAAGGAGCUGAUCGGCCGCGGUGAAGAUACAGACUCUCUGGAUAGCCGAGACAGAACUCCCAUUUGGUGGGCUGCAGGCGAGGGCCAUUCGGAGACGGCUCGGGCAUUGAUUGCAGCAGGAGCCAGGCUAGAUCGACAGGACACUGCAGAAGGCUACACUCCCCUACACCAAGCGGCAAGAGCAAACCAUUUUGUAGUGGCUGAUCUUUUGCUGCGGGCUGGCGUGAGCCCCAUGAUCCGAAGGGGUCUACGAAGCUCACAUGCUUGGGGUAGCCAUUGCGAGCCAAAUUAUGGCGAAAGCCCUCUUCUAUGUGCUUGCGAGAAGGGUCACUUGGAGACACUCGAGGUCAUGCUGAGAUAUAUCACAGACCUCGGCAACAUCCACUGGGCGUUGGCAUGGGCCGCCUGUAGCGGACAGUCUCGGCUGGCUUCUCUGCUACUGGAGUACCCAGGAGUGAACGUGAAUUCCAAGAUUCAUGGAAAUACACUUCUUUACUUGGCCUGCGGUAGCCUUGAUAUAGAGACCAUCAACCUUUUCUUACAGGCUGGCGCGGAUGUAACGGCACUCAGCGUCGGCCGUGAUCAUCCGCUGAAUGUUGACAUUGACUACACGCCAGAACCGACAGGCGCCCCGACUCAGAGCUGCUUACGUGGCAUGAUUCAAAAUCUCAGGCCAGAGAGUAUUACAAGGAACUCGCUUACCAUGCCAGAGAUUGAAAAGGUUUUCAGGAAUCUGUUCGCGGCUGGAUUGGACGUGAAUCAGCGUGACAGUACGGGACAGACCCUCCUGCAUCGACUCACUAAUUUCAUCGAGCUCGUUCGUCUGCUAAUCUCGGCGGGCGAUGCUAGGGCUUUUGACAUGAAUAGAAGCACUCCGCUGCACUUUGUCCACAGUCCCGAGGCUGUUACGGAACUCGUUGAGAGGGGCGGUGCAGAUGUGAAUGCGGUGAAUAGGGAUGGUCGAACCCCGCUACAUUGCGCGACCUCGGAGGCCGUGAUCUCGAAGUUAUUGGAAUUUGGUAGCGACUCGAACAUACUAGACCACAACGGUGAUAGUACGUUGCAUCUUUUGCUCUCACGGGGAUGUCCCGCCAGCUACCUUGAACGUAUCGCUCUGGUAUUGCGAUCCGGAGCAGAUCCAAACGCCAAAAACCACAGCGGCCUGACGCCGCUCCGAAGCAUAAAAAACUUCAAUGAAGCCCGCGAAAUUGUCGAUUGCCUUGUUCAAGCUGGUGCCGACAUUGAUGCAAGGGAUAAAAGCGGAAGAACAGGACUGUUCGACGUUGUAGGUCAGCUCUCUCAUAUCAGCCAGGAACGUGUAGGAACUCUCGAGUACCUAGUGGAGGCCGGGGCUUCCAAAGAAAGCGGAGAUUUCCAAGGUCGCAAGAUUGCACACGAGGUGAUCAAGGGUGUGAUGUCCCAGUACGAUGUGGGGAGGAUCGUCCAGUGGCUGGAUGUUCUGGAUAGUUUGGACCUCCUCGAUUUGGAAGCUAUCGACAAUGCUGGCAACAGUCUUCUGCAUGAAUUUUGUUCACGUGUGCAAAAUACCCGAAACAGACUUAACGUCGACAUGCACCUGAUCAGGUUACUUACAGGUGCGGGAGUGGACAUUUCACAGAAAAAUCAUGCGGGACAAACACCACUUCAUAUCCUAUGCACAAGGCCCUGCACAUAUGGAGGUUCUUGGUUUGCUUUUGACCAACCGAUAUCAUACGCGAUUCAGAAGUGCGAGGAUAUCGAUGAGCGCGAUGCGGAUGGAAACACGGCCCUGCACGUCGCAUCUGUGUACGAGCAAUCCUGGUCCAAAUUGCUGCUUGACGCUGGCGCCGACCCAACGUGCCGCAACCACGACGGCCUGACGCCGCUUCAUCUGGCAGCGCGCUGCAAGCAAAGUAACGUGGUUGGUAUGCUUCUGAGAGCGAUACAUGACCGUCUCGGCGAUACACCUUCUGAGGAGGCUGAUGUGAUAAAUGCGAGAGUGGUGAAGAGCUGCUAUAACAUAUAUGAGCCGUUUGACAUUACCGCUCUGUUUUAUGCCUGCCAGUCUGGACGGCCGGAAAGUGUGAAGCUUUUGUUAGAUGCUGGCGCUGACCCCAACAUGGGCAAUCUGUUUGUAGCAUGUGCAAUGAUGGAGCAGGAAAAUCGACUGUGGACGGCAAAGGAACACGCCCCAGGAGACCCCAUUGCCGCUUUGCGACCACUGGAUACGACACGACCGCCAAAGGCUACGCUAGAACAUCGAUCAGACGUGCUUUCUCCCUUUACGUCAACCAGGCUGGAAGAGAUUCUCGACAUGUUGGUUUCGGCAGGCAUCAAGUGGUCACUUCUUGAUCCUGAUCCAUACAGGGGGCAAGCAAACCCGUUCGUGAAAUCUUCUACCCUUGAUAGCGGCUAUGCACAGCAGUGUCUCAGCGCCUUCAAAAGGAAGCACGCAAAGGAGAUGGUUGACAUACUAGAGCAUGUAAAGCAAGGAGAUGUGCUGCAAGGCUUGCGCUUAUUUGACGCGCAGAUGGUGGAUUCUAGCAGCAGUGCUGCUGAAAGCAUGCUGCAGCAGAGCGGCUGGCUUCAGCAAGAGGGCAUCGAUGUUGGCAUCUUUCAGGCAAUCAUCGUUCGGCGUCACUACCAUCUGGUCAAGCAAAUGGUCGAAGCUGGCUGUCGAUUUCUUCGCCCAGGCAUUCCGCAUUUGGAAUAUCUUAUUGCCCACGGCCUUGCAUCCGUGUUUGACCAAAUUGUGGAGGCAGAGACGCGAGCGAGAUUGCACGAAGGAGAGUGGCAUGCAUUCGGUGACCCUUCCAGACCCGGUCUUUACUUUCAGCCUAAACCACAACAGGACGAGAAAGUGGAAGAGAAGACACGCAGAGAGGAAGUUCGAAACAAUAUGCUCGAGUAUGCUGUAUGCCGGGCGCUGCCCAACAUGGAGAUUGUACGGCUUCUAGUGGAGAAGUACGCAGUGAACAUCAAUGGUGGCUACAGAGAGAAGAACACAGCCUUGCACAUAAUCGCACGCGGGCGUCACUGGUGGCACGGCGCGCAAGCUCUGCAAUAUCUUGUACAGCUCGGAGCAGAUGUAGAAUGUCGGAAUUCAGCCGGGCAGACGCCGCUCCAUCUGGCGCUGGACAAGGAAUACUCUGUACUUGGAGAGUUUGGGCCUUUCCACAAAGAUGUUGCGGAGGCUUUGAUCAACGCAGGCGCUGACGUUAAUGCUAUUGAUUCCAAGGGGAGGAGCUGCCUGGACUUGGCAGGGUACAACACCGAGCUUAUUGAUUUACUCGUCAACAAUGGGGCAGCAAUACGCCCCGGGUCGAUGUUUGUGGCGCUCCAGGCAGACAAUAGCGCGGCGCUGGAGAAGCUAUUGCAAGGAGGCGCAGAUGCCAAUAGCCGCAUGCCGUAUGUCGAGGAUCAUCUCCGAGAAACUGAUUCUAUGAAUGACUGCUACUCGGGUGAUAGCAGGAUGACUUUCGAUGCUGCGUUGAUCCCUCGCCAUGAAAUAGUCCCACUCUAUUACAUCGCAUCGAAGUCUGCUUUCCCCGAAGAUGCGGACACGAGAAGUUGCUUCAGGAAACUUCUAAACCACGGCGCAGAUAUUUAUGCGACUUUCCAGGUGCAGCGACGAGGACAUCGAUUCGUCCCGGCAUACGUUGGGGACUACAACAAGCUGCUGGGAAUCGCGGAAGAGGCUAAGGACACACCGGAGGAGCGUAGUGUUUUGCAUGAACUUGUUCGGUUGGGAAAACUAAGCAAGUGCAUCAUGGACGCUGUGGACAUGGACGCAAGCUGCCUGGAUCCCAAAGGGUGCACCCUUUUGCAUGCCAUUUGCGACAGCUGGGCUGGUCCAGACGGCGUGAUUGAUAUGACGUCGGACGACGAAGACGAUGAGGAUGAAUCCGCUGAGGAGGGUAUCGUGGCAUUCCAGCAACUAUUGGCGCUUGGCUGCGACAUUCAAGCACGCGACAACAGCGGGCAGAGCGUUGUGCAUCAUCUGAUUUAUAGGGCUUGGAAGUAUCCUCAAAAGCUAGGACGCCUGGAAAAGUUCAUCGCCGAGAUUUCACGUAUCGCGCCGGAUCUUCUCAGUGCGCCCAACGCUUCGGGUAACUCGCCCUUGCAUUACAGUGCCUUGCUUGCCACGUCGACGCGACGAACGGAAAGGGUAGGCGGGAGUGGUGCUGAUGACGAUACCCGACCGGCGCAGCAGGAACUCAUGGUCGACCUUACGCGACUCCUUUUGCGCAGCGGCGCGAGCCCAACCGGGGUCAAUCAAGACGGCAACAGCGUGCUGCACUUCCUCGCACCUAACCUGGACCGGGGCGACGUGACGGCGCUAUUCAUAACGCUGGUGCGCGACCACGGGCUAGACGUCAACGCGAGCAACGCGCAGGGAGAGACGCCGCUGAUGCUGCUAGCGAACCGCACCAGCGUACUGCUGCGGUUUUUCAGCAGCCGCAACGGGCUGUGCCUGGCCGACGAGGCCGCGGCUGAGGGCGUCGCGGCGCUGGCGGCGCUGGGCGCGGACUUUAGGGUCGCGGACGCGAGGGGGAACAGUCUCUUGCACCUUGCGGCCACGGACGAAGCGCGGCUCUUCAAGGCCGUCAUGGACUGCGGCGGGCUGGACCCGAUGGAGGAGAAUGAGGCGCACCAGACGGCGAUUGAUGUGGCGGCGACGUGUAAUAAUAACGAGAUACUGGCGUUGUUCGAGAAGAAGGUGUAG